AUGAGGAAUGGAGCAGCCAGAGCAAGCACCAAUAAUGAAUCCACUGAAACCACAUCUCUCUUGAACGCCAACACGGCCAAUAGCACCAGCAAUGGUCAACUCGCGGAAAGCUACAGAACUGCCGUCAUGUCACCCUCCACGGCAGAAUUGUUCCAACAAGCUGGCAUUCCCUAUUCCGACACCAACGAUGACACCACCGCCAACAAUGAGGACGACGACGAAGAACAACAACCUCUCACGGACGACAAUGACAGCACGAAACAGGAACAGCAACCACUACCACCCGGCAGUAGACCACCCACUGUCAACGAAUUCUAUUUCUCACCCGACAAUCCCUCCGUACAACGAUACUAUCGUUUCACAUCCACCGCUCUCACUCCCAUUGCCGCACUCCACCGGAGACCCCAAAAUCCAUACGAUCCCAAUCACGCGGCUAACAACAAUAACGCUGGCGUCACGGGUCUCUUGCGACGCAGUGCCGUUGUGCCCAGUCACGGUACCGAUGCCACGGGCGAUUGGAUUCUCGUCAGUGUCGGUGGUCGAUCGGGAUGGGCCCGCAAACAAACGCCGUCCCAACCCCAUGCCGGUUCCUUUACACCGGCACCCACAUUUGCCGCCACGGAAGGAUGGAUGGGCAAUCAUGCCUUUUUGUGUCACGGAAAAGUCAUGUUGGGGUCGGAUGCACCCUCUCUCAUCUUUACGAAUGGAUUGUUACUGCUGGGGGCAUUCUUUCAUUUUUGGAUUGUCUUGCCCAAUCUCGCCGUCACGGUGCUACACCAACAAGAACAACAACAACAACAACAAGGAACGAGUAGUGAGACUAGCCCCAACGGGUACACGUACACGUACGAUUCCAGUCAACAUCAAAAUCGAUUCACGUCGUGGUUGUUGCUCCUGUCGCCGAAUACCAUGUUUUGGUCCAGUCUCGUUCUAUUCCUCUUGAGUUGGAUCUUUCUGUGGAUAUCGGCAUGUAUGGAUCCAGGGAUUCUACCAGCGGUCUCGUCACCGAUCAAGGCACCCAUUCCCAACGAUGGGAUUCCACUCGGUGGACCCGUAGGAUAUCGAUAUUGUUCCACGUGCAACAUCUUUCGACCGCCACGGUCCAAACAUUGUAACAGUUGCAACGUGUGCGUCUCCAAAUUUGAUCACCACUGCCCAUGGGUUGGCAACUGCAUUGGAGAACGAAAUCAUCGAUUCUUCUUUGUCUUUCUCGUGAGUAUUGCCGCAUUGACCAUCCUCGUCACCGCGUGUACAGUACGGCUCUUGUUGGAAGCUUAUUAUGAGACGGCCGUUUUCGACGAAAAUGGCGUGGAACAAACAACCACGGGGACAACCAACAAUCAUAAUUACGGCGGCGGACCCUGGGAUGCCAAAGAGCUAGCCGCCAUUGCGAAACGGUUGUGGAAAGCGGUACGGAGCAUGCCCUUUACCGUUCUCUUUGGGUCCUUUACGUUGCUCUGUGCGUGGUCCUUGGUGUCCUUGCUGUGCUUUCAUGCCAUGAUUAUUUCCGUGGCACAAACCACCAAUGAACGGGUUCGUGGCGUGUACCGGUACGGGGGUGCCUCUAAUGCCGCCGAUCAAGGAUGCUGGAGAAAUUGGAUCCACGCCUUUUGGUCGAAACGACCCGUCAGUCGAUUACCGCUCGACUUUUCCGAUAUCGUCAAUGUCGAUUACGCCACGCUGCCCGAAUCUCCGUGGUUGGGCGAAGAAACUACUUUAGCCGCAUCCAACUCACAAUCUAAUAUGGGUGGCGGGGCUAAUCAUCAUCAUCCGCAACCAUCAAGCACACGGGUAUAG